UGGGUGACCCAAGCCGCUUUUUUCUCGUUUCCUGCUCUCCCUCGCCUCAGAUCAUUCCUCCUCAUGACUGCAGCAAUCCCUCAAUUUGCCUAUCGCUCGCUCAAGGAGCUGGCUGUGUGGAAUGGAUACCCAGACUUCAAGCCACUAGACGGAUUUGACAAGCCUGCAGGAUCGGCUAGAACCUUUGCCUACAGUAAACAUGGACAUAAGUUUGCCUAUGUGACGAACGAAAGCGUCAAAGUGUUCGAUGCGGCUACAGAUGUGCAGAUCAGCGAGGUGACGAGGAUGAAUGUCAUUGAUGUUUGGUUCUCUCCUAAAGGCACUUACUUUGCCACUUGGGAGCGACCGACUAAACUUGAAGACGGCUCAGGUAGCAACAACCUUAUCAUCUGGGAAUCCGAUACUGGUGCACAACUUGCAGCCUUCUCUCAAAAAGCAUAUAGCAACUCAAACAUUCAAUGGACAGAAGAUGAACAGUACUGCGCUCGAAUGGUGACAGGAGAAGUUCAUUUCUGGGAGAGCAAAAAUGUUGGACAGGCUGUGUGGGCAAAGCUCAAGCUUGAGGGUAUUUCUCAAUUCUCUCUUAGCCCUGGAAGAUCCCCUGCUGUUGCUGUGUUCAUUCCUGAACGCAAAGGCGCACCAGCCAUUGUCCGCAUGUAUGGAUUGCCCAACUUCAAAUCAGCCUUGUCUAACAAGACUUUCUAUAAGGCCGAUAAAAUUCAGAUGUAUUGGAACGAUCUCGGCACCAAUUUGCUAGUUUUGACUCAGACUGAAGUCGACAAGACUGGCAAGUCGUAUUAUGGAGAGACAAACUUGUACUAUCUGGCUGUUGCUGGCAACUUUGAUUGCCGAGUAGUGCUUGACAAAGAGGGCCCCAUUCACGAUGUUACCUGGGGGCCAGACUCAAAGGAGUUUGUUGUCGUCUAUGGAUCUAUGCCUUCCAAAGCUACUUUGUACGAUCAUAGAGCCAACCCUGUAUUCGAUUUUGGCACCAAUCCACGAAAUUUUGUCAAAUACAACCCCCAAGGACGUAUCAUUUGCUUCGCUGGAUUCGGUAACUUGAACGGAACAGUCGAUUUCUGGGAUCGAAAGACUUUGAAAAAGAUUUGCACUUUCUCUGCCGCCAACUCGUCUUUCUGCGAGUGGUCACCCGAUGGUCGCUUUUUGUUGACUGCCACCCUUACUCCUCGCCUUCGUGUCGACAAUGGAUUCAAGAUGUGGCAUUAUACUGGAAAUUUGAUCUAUCAUGAGAGCGUUGAAGAGUUAUAUCAGAUCGGAUGGCGACCUGCUGCUGCUACAUCGUAUCCCAUGCGUGCGUUGUCUCCAGCACCUAAGGCUGUCAAGGCCGAGACGAAUGGUGUAGCUGCCAAGCCUGCUGCUCAACCUGCUGGUGCCUACGUACCACCCCACUUGCGUGGUUCUGUCACACCACCAUCCUUCAAGGGUGAUGGCGCAAAGUCCUCCACUCCUCCCCCACGACCAUCCAUUCCUGGCGCUCCUGUUGGAUCAUCACCUAAAUCAGGUGCAAAGAACAACAAGAAAAAGAAGGAUACCCAGAAAGUCGAGGAGGUCAACGGUGCUGCUUCACCAUCAGAUGCAAGUGCUGCUGGCUUGUCCGAGAAAGACAAGAAGGUCAGAAAUCUUGAGAAGAAGCUUAGACAGAUCCGAGAUCUCAAAGAGAGACAGUCAAAGGGUGAUACUUUGGAGGCAACUCAGGUUGCUAAAAUCGCUAAUGAAGCGAGUUUGUUGCGGGAAUUAUCUCAAUUGAAAGUGUAAAAAAAGACUACCUAAAGAACCUCACGUAAAAUUAAAAUUAUAAAAGGGCAAUCUGUUGUUGCAGUUUAUUCCAUCAAAAAGAUGUGAUGAAAAGACCAUGAGCGGACUUACAAAUGAAUGAGAAGCAAAGGUGUAGACGUCAUCG